CGUUCAGGAGGUCCUCAUCCUCGAUUCUUUGCGCAUCGCCCUCCACGACCACUUGGGCGGGCCCGCGGUCUACGAAAUGUUCUGCCGGGAGAUUGGAGACGCCACCAUCCUGAACGGAAUGAUUGCCAUCACAAUAUUUGCCCGCACGGUCGACAUCCAACGGGCUUCAGGAACCGUCAAUACAGGUAUGAGUCUCGGCAUUAUGGGCCGCGCUGCAAAUAAGGGCACGGUUGGCUUGUCAGUCAGGUACCAUGACCUGUCCAUCGCCUGCAUCACGGCCCAUUUCGCCGCCGACAAGCACGGUCAUUCUCGCGUGACAAGGCGGAAUCAAGACGCCGUGCAGACGCUUCGAGAGCUCUCUCUGACCUACGAUAACGAAGACUUCGACGCGCACUUGCAACACGAUGUCGCCAUCCUCCUGGGGGAUCUGAAUUACCGGCUCACGGCCAAGCCUCUGGACAUCCUCCGACGCGUGAGCGAGUCCGCCGCCGUGGAGGCCGCCUGGUGGCAGAGCCAGACGGCGUCGCCAAAAGGACGCGACCGGGAAAGGCCCAGGGCGGUAGCGCUUGACAAGGGUGGAAAUGAACGCCAAGGGAUAGGCACAGGGAGGGAUCGGACUUGGCGCGACUGUCGGUACCGCAGCUUGAUGUUCGGGGAAGCGGAGGAAGAAAGCGAGUGGCAGGAGGGCGGGAAAGAGGAAAUGGAGCGCGCGGGCAGCGACAGAGACGGGGUCGAGGCACCAACCUCUCCCGCAAGGGAUGUGGCAGAUUCCAAGCAGGAGGCUUUCCUGGAGCCAAGCUCUCCAAAGCCGGGAAAAGAGGAAUCACAUUGCCAGCACGAGCAAAGCCAGCCUGUGGAUGUAUUGGGAUGCACUCGCAAUCAUAGCAGCGUGCACUCCACCCGCCAACCUAACUAUCUUCUUCCCGUGGACAUACCCCCCGCCUCCCUUCCCCACCACGUCACUUCCCUUCCAAGCGAGACGCACGCAGCCGACGCCGAGGAGCAGGAAGCACCCUCCUCUCCCGCAGGCCGCGACCUCACUCCCUCCGCUUACCCCUCCGAUUCUCCAUCGUCCAUGCUCCCUGCCCCGUCUAGGCUCGCGAACAAGCGCCAGCGUCACAUCAGUUUCACGGCCGCCGAGGCCCUUUACCUGUCCAGAGAAGCGAGCGAGGGGGAAGGGAGGGAAGGAAGGAGCAAGGGAGGGAGGAAAGGAGGGAGGAAGGAGAGGCAAUUGAUGGACGCCUGGUCGUGGAUCGGGAAGUGCGACGAGCUCUCUCGGGCUAUGGAGACGGGCGACCUGCUCUUCGGUUUCCACGAGGCACCCAUUCGCUUCCCGCCCUCCUUUCGAUGGGUCUCCGGUGCGAGCGCGGGGGAUUUCACCCAGCUUUCCCUUCUGGAGAAAUGCUUUACUCUUAAGGCCUUCUCGAAGAAAAGCGGAUGGACACCGCGUCCGCCCUCCUACACAGAUCGUAUCCUCUUCCAUGCUCUGCCCGACGUCGGGCCCCGGGUCUUCAUCCAGGGCUACGACAUGUGUGACGCCAUUACGGGCAGUGACCACCGACCCGUCGUCUGCCGCGUGGACCUGAAAUUAAACACCGACAUCAUCGGCUUCAACACCGUGCCCCAGGUCUCCCCCCACCUUCCCUCGCUAUCCCUCUGCUCCUCCUCCUCCUCCUCCCUUCCUUCCAUGCUCCUCUCCUCUUCAUCCGCCAGCCACGAAAUCUCGCCGGGUCGUGGUAAGCCUCCUCGCGUCUUCUCCCGACUCCGGCACGAGACGACCGGAGACGAGGAGGUCGAGAGGAGGAAGCCUCGCAACCAUGAAAGCAAGCCUGUACCGCCGCAGCAUCAGGGGCCACAGGGAUUUCCCCCUCUACCCGCGUCGGCCUUGCAGGGGAGGGAUCCCCCAGCGCCCGGGCGGGAGGUGGGGAAGGAGGGAAGGCAAGACGCAGCGGCCAUGGAAGCAGCGGAGCCAGGGGAAAAGAAGGGACAGAGCCUGUGA